AUGAAAGGUUUCGAGUUCCUACAAUCUGGAUAUCGUCUAUUAAUUGAAAAUGCGAAGUCUAGAAUUCAAAGUUUAAUUGCUGAGGCACAAGAAGAGGAUAGAAACUUACACAAAUAUGAGAGACAAUCUGAUCAUUCUUUCAAUGAUAUUCCUUCUCUAUCCUCACAAAACACUUCAAUACUGGCCAGAAAAAGAGCAAAAGCUGAAGCUGCUAAGGUGAGCUUGGAAUUCGCUAUUCAAGAAGCUGAGCUGAGAAAAGAUCAAGCACGCUUAAUAGAAAAACACUUAUUGGAGGAGGCUACAGCGAAGGCUGCUGCUGCUCGUAAGAAGGCUGAAAUUGAUGCUGAACUCGAACUCCUGACUCUCAAGCGAAAGGCUGCAGAAACUAAGACAGAAGCUGAUUUUCUAGAAUCUGAGCACUCUCGUUCAUCAUCAAAACACUCAUCCAUUCAUUCGCUACCAAAGGAUGACCCUAUGUUGAGGACAGAGAAAUACAUUGACCAACUCUCAAAAGACACAGAAGAUAAGAUUCGUGAAUCAGAAAUCUCAAAAUUGGAAGUCCAGCAUGUUAAUGCAGUUUGUACGAAUCCAAACACUAAAGAUCCACCAGACAGACAUUGCUAUAUGCUGAACCCUGAAGCUCCUCCUUAUGUUCCUAACCCUUAUACCCCUGCAUCCGACUUCACAAAAUUUCUGCUGAAAAAGGACCUGUUACUUACACGCCUGGUUAACUUUAAUGACAGGCCUGAAUCCUUUGCUUCUUGGAAAAGCAGCUUUCAGACUGUCAUGAGAGAACUUGGGGUUAAUCCUAAUGAAGAAAUAGACCUUUUAGUCAAAUGGCUAGGUCCUGAUUCACAGAAACAUGCCCUGACGCUCAAAAUGGCAAACAUCUCCAACCCAGAAAGAGGAUUGCAUCGUAUCUGGAACCGUUUGGAGGAACGCUUUGGUGCUGCGGAAAUGGUGGAGUCAGCAUUAAAAGAGAAACUUAACUCUUUUCCAAGAAUAACAAAAAACUACAAAAUGUUAUACGACUUAGCAGAUGUACUUACCGAGAUUGAAUCUGUUAUGGAGGAUCCGAAAUAUCGCAGUGUCUUAGCUUAUUAUGAUUCAUCAUCUGGUGUUUCACCCAUUGUGGGCAAACUCCCACUCAAUCUUCAAGAAAAAUGGACAAGUACUGCUAUCAAAUACAUUGAAAAGAAUGGUGUUCUAUACCCACCUUUUACAUUUUUCGCAGAAUUUGUUCGGAAGUUAAGUAGCACAAAGAACAAUCCAAGUUUCAAAUAUGACCCAGUGACUUCUGGAAUGUGUCAGAAAGAGAACAAAUUCACAAGAGACAGUGGCAGGGUACCAAGGGUAACCAUACUGAAAACUGAGAUGAGUCCAGCAUCGAAAGGGCUAAAUAAGGAAACAAAAUCUGGAUUGAAGAAGGCUGAUGAAAGUAGUCGUUGUCAACUUCACAAUGCCAACCAUCCUCUUAACAAAUGCCGUUCCUUCAGGAACAAAAGUUUAGAAGAGCGUAGAAAGUUUUUAAAGGAGAAGGGGAUAUGCUUCCGAUGUUGUUCUUCAACAACACACAUAAGGCGCAACUGCAAGGAGACAGUUUCGUGUGAGGAGUGUUCCAGCGGUAGUCACCCAACGGCACUUCAUCCAGACGAGAAGCAAGCUAGCAGUUCUAGUGGAAAUCCAUAUUCCUUGACACAUUAUGGCGGGGAGAAAACCACUGAAGCUCCAGCUUUGAAUGUUAACUCUGCAUGCACCCAGAUCUGUAAGGAUAUGUUUCAAGGAAAAUCAUGUGCGAAAACUGUAUUGGUACGAGUCUUCAGGAAAGACCAUCCAGAAAUAGAUUUAAAAACCUAUGCGAUAAUUGACGAUCAAAGCAAUCGCUCACUCGCUAGUCCCGAGUUCUUUGACUAUUUUGGUGUCCAUGACGGAGUCACAGAGUACACAUUAGCAUCAUGCAUGGGAAUUGUCAAUACAUCUGGAAGAAAGGCCUUUGGAUUCAUAGUGGAAUCACUAGAUGGAAGUAAACAGCUCGCUCUGCCGACUGUGAUAGAAUGCGAACACAUCCCUAACGAUCGGGAGGAAAUACCUACAUCAGAUGUAGCGGCUAGCUAUCCUCACCUGGCUGAUAUUGCAAGACACUUCACUCCACUGGAUGAAGAUGCGCAAAUUCUUCUACUGAUAGGACGAGAUCUCCUGGAAGCACACUAUGUGCUAGACCAAAGAAUAGGACCAGAAAACAGCCCAUUGGCCCAAAGGCUCCCUUUGGGAUGGACUAUGAUUGGAGAAACUUGUCUUGGGGGAGCACAUGAGCCCAAGACCAUUCAAGUAAACAAAACCUAUAUUCUCUCAAAUGGACGAGCAUCUUUACUCAAACCAUGCCAAAAUGAGUUUAAUUUGAAGGAGAGAUCUUCAGAUAACUUUGGCCAGUCAGUGUUUGAUAGGACAGAUGCAGAUGAGAAGCCAGGACUAUCGUCGGAGGAUAGGAAAUUUCUUGAAAUUAUGGACCAAAACUUCACACGAGAUGUAGAUGGUUUUUGGACAGCCCCCUUGCCAUUUAGACAGGAUAGAGAAAGGCUUCCAAACAACAUAACACAGGCCCUUAAGCGGGCCAAAAGUCUUCACAUCAGCAUGGAGAGAGACCCCAUAAAGAAAAGACACAUGUUUGAGUUUAUGAGUAACAUCUUAGACAAACAUGCGGAAUUGGCACCCCCUGUUUCGGACGGAAAAGAAUAUUGGUACCUCCCAGUCUUUGGGGUCUAUCACCCAAGAAAGCCAGAUAAGAUUAGGGGAGUGUUCGACUCUUCAGCAAAGCAUUGUGGAAUAUCGCUCAACGAUGUUCUUAUGUCUGGUCCAGACCUCACAAACAGUUUGUUGGGCGUUCUCAUGAGAUUUAGGCAAGACACAGUUGCUGUCAUGACUGAUGUGGAGCAAAUGUUUUACUGCUUUAGAGUACAGGAGGAACACAGAGACUAUCUCCGCUUUCUUUGGUACCGUAAUAAUAAUCCUGAGGAGGACUUGGCAGAAUACAAAAUGAAAGUCCAUGUAUUCGGCAACAGCCCUUCUCCGGCAGUAGCCACCUAUGGUCUUAGAAAAGUUGCAGAGAUCAGUUCCAAAGCCUUCGGAGAAGAUGUGAAAUUGUUUGUAGAACGAGACUUCUACGUUGAUGAUGGCUUAACAUCUCUUUGUGAAGAGGUAUCUGCUGUCGAUCUGAUCAAAAGGACACAACAAGCACUUCUGAAUGAAGGCAAUCUGCGCCUUCAUAAGAUAGUGUCCAACUCUAGAGCUGUAAUGAACUCAUUUGAAUCGAGAGACCUCGCAAAGGGUCUAGAGGAUGUCGAUAUUGGUGCAGAAGAGCUUCCCGUCCAGCGAAGCCUUGGAAUAUGUUGGAACCUCAACAGUGAUUCUUUUUUGUUCCUGGUUUCAGCAGAUGAGAAACCAUUCACACGCAGAGGAGUACUCAGUACGAUUAACAGCAUUUUCGACCCACUUGGAUUUCUAACGCCAGUGGUUAUCGAGGGGAAAAUGUUACUAAGGACAUUGGUUCAAGAGUCGAUUGAUUGGGAUGAGCCCCUUCCGGAUCAUCAUAAGGAUCGAUGGCAGAAAUGGAAAAACUCGCUUGCUGCUUUAGAACAAGUCAGAAUCCCACGAACUUACACCAGUACAUCUAUCAGAGACUGUCCCGAAAAAUCCAUCCAUGUCUAUUCAGAUGCCUCAGAAAAGGCAAUAGCUGCCGUAGCUUAUAUAAAAACAGGUAGUACAGAUGGAAGAGAAGAAAUUGGAUUCUUGCUUGGAAAGGCCAAAUUAGCCCCUUCGCAUGGUCACACAAUUCCGAGAUAUAAGGUCACACUGGGAUAUAUACAUAACCAAGUUAGAAGGUUUUACACCUACGUGAGCAAUAGAGUGGCCCGCAUUCACCAAGUAACCUCACCAAAGCAAUGGACUUAUGUACCUACGGAUAGUAACCCAGCUGACCUAGCAACAAGAUCUAUUGCAGCAUCUGAACUUUCAACAAGCACAUGGCUACUUGGACCAUCUCAUCUUCGAGAGAACAUCAGAACCCAAUUUGAACCCUUUGACCUACAAAACCCAGACUCAGACAAAGAAAUCAGACCAUUAGCAGUUGUGUCAUGUAGAAAGACAGAGAUACUAGAAUCCAAAACCAAGCUUUUGGGUUCACACCGUUUUAGACAGUUUUCUCAAUGGACAAGACUUGUCGAGAUUAUGUGUAAACUGAAGCACAUCGCCCAAAGUUUCACUGCUGCGAGGAAGUGUAAAGGAUGGCAUCUUUGUGCUGAGACUCAAACUCUCGAUUCAUACAAAGAAGCUGAAAGCAUGAUAAUCAGAUGUGUACAACAGGAGUCUUUUUCCACAGAGCUUCAAUGUCUUGAAAGACAUGAACCUCUUCCGAGGAAUACUCAGCUGCGGAACUUGGAUCCUUUCAUUGGUGCCGAUGGUCUCCUUAGAGUUGGGGGUCGUCUUAACCUAAGCAACAUUCAGCAAAGUGAAAAAAAUCCAGUUAUCAUUCCAAGUCGAAAUUACAUUGCAACUUUGUUGGUCAGAUUCUAUCAUGAAAAGUGCAAACAUCAAGGGAGGCAUAUCACUGCAGGGGCAGUCCGCAUGGCAGGAUUCUGGAUCUUGGGUGGGAAAAGAUUGGUCUCAACCAUCAUCUACCACUGUGUGACAUGCCGUAAACUACGAAGACAAGUAGAACACCAAAAGAUGGCCGACCUUCCCUCAGACCGUUUGGAGCCUGCACCUCCUUUCACGAAUGUUGGCUUGGAUGUGUUCGGACCAUGGUCCGUUGUUACACGACGCACGAAAGGCGGAGCAGCUAACUCCAAGAGAUGGGCGGUUCUAUUCACAUGCCUUUCUACUCGUGGAGUACACAUAGAAGUCAUCGAAGAGCUUAGUUCAUCAUCCUUUAUAAAUGCAUUUAAGCGUUUUAUGGCUAUCAGGGGACCCGUUAAGAUUGUGAGAUCUGACCGUGGUACGAAUUUCGUUGGUGCUACAGACGAUCUCUGCAUAGACACAGUUAAGGUAGAGGAUCAUCCUGUCAUGGACUUCCUGUAUGACAGUGGAGUAGUUUGGAUAUUCAACCCUCCUCACGCUUCCCACAUGGGUGGUGUGUGGGAGAGGCUGAUAGGGGUUACGCGCAGAAUUCUGGAUGCCAUGCUUCUUGGAACGCCUGGAAAAGCAUUGACGCAUGAAGUCCUUACUACCUUCUUAGCUGAGGUAUCUGCGAUUAUUAACUCUCGCCCGCUUGUUGGUGUGUCAUCUGAUCCAGAAGAUCCUUAUCAUCUAAGUCCAUCUUUGCUUCUCACACAAAAGCCAGACGUCCUUGUUCCAGCCGGGCUUUCGUUUGACGAAAAAGACUCGUAUAAGGUUCAAUGGAAAAAAGUGCAGUACCUGGCAGAUGUCUUUUGGUCCAAGUGGAAGAAACAAUACCUCCAGACACUUCAGGAGCGGCGAAAAUGGCAGACAAACAACAAAGAUCUGCGUGUUGGUGAUGUCGUCCUUCUGAAGGAUGAGUUACAGAACAGAAUUUACUGGCCCAUGGGUCUUGUGACGAGAACCUUUCCUGGAUCGGAUGGAAGAGUACGAAAGAUAGAAGUCCGCACCAUACGUGAUGGGAAACCCACAGAAUAUGUUCGACCGGUGAACCAAGUUGUUCUCUUGAUAUCUGAAACCUAG